AUGGACGCUAUACUGGACCCGAUCCGCGAUUGGUUUGAGGGCACAACGGACUUCAAGGGUCAGGUGUUUGCAGAGGAACUCUCCACGUUUUUGCUAUACCUUUCCAUGAUGAUUGCUCUUGUCGCCGGAUUCGUCAAUAACGACAUUUAUAUCACGCUUUGGACGGGCCUCGGCCUGACGCUCCUGGUCAUGCUGCUCGUCGUCCCGGCCUGGCCGAUCUUCAACAAGCACCCUGUGAGAUGGCUGGGUUCAUCUGUGCUUCCAGCAGGAGGAAUAGUCGUAGGAGGGAAGAUGAUUCAAUAG